AUGUUGGCGCGUAGCUUAGUUCAGGGGCUGUCCAUAGGGACGAAGAACAUGUCAACUCUUGCCAGUUACCAGAGUGUACGUCGUAGCAAACAGAUCAGAUAUGUUGUUACUGGGCUAACUAUAGGGGGCGUUAGUAUAUAUUAUGCAGUUACAAAUAAGGCUUAUGCAUGGUGGGGCAGUAGUGAUCUAGACAAGUCAAAAUGGAUGGCGGAUGCAAUAACAAAACCAGAUACACUAAAAGAGGACAAGGACAACAUGAGAGUAAAGAUGGAGCUGCUAAUUAUGAGAAUUCAGGGUGAGGUUUGCAGGGCACUUGAAGGUUUAGAGCCAGAACAUCAAAAGUUUAUGGUCGACAGAUGGGAAAGAAAAGAGGGUGGAGGGGGUAUAAGCUGUGUCCUAUCAGAUGGCAAGACAUUUGAGAAAGCAGGAGUUAAUGUGUCAGUGGUGCAUGGGAUGUUACCUGCAGGAGCUGCCCAACAGAUGAGAUCCAGAGGGAAGAAGCUUAAAGAGGGCAAACUCCCAUUCUUCGCUUGUGGCAUUAGCUCAGUGAUCCACCCUAGAAAUCCCAACUGCCCAACAGUACACUUCAACUACCGCUACUUCGAAGUAACAGAAGAAGAUGGAAACAAACAAUGGUGGUUUGGUGGAGGAACAGAUCUUACACCAUGUUACAUAGAGGAACAAGACAUAGUCCACUUUCACAAGACAUACAAAACUGCCUGUGACAAACAUGACAAAAGUUACUACCAGAAGUUCAAAACUUGGUGUGAUGAUUACUUCUAUAUAAAACACAGAGGAGAAAGAAGAGGAGUCGGAGGAAUAUUUUUUGAUGAUUUAGACACUCCAUCUCAAAAUGAGGCUUUCAAUUUUGUGAAAAGCUGCGCAGAAUCUGUUGUCCCAUCCUAUGAACCAAUCGUCAAGAGGAACAUGAACAAAGGAUAUGGUUAUGCUGAUAGACAAUGGCAGCUUCUAAGACGUGGUCGUUAUGUAGAGUUUAACCUUGUCUAUGAUAGAGGUACAAAGUUUGGUCUUCUUACUCCAGGGGCCAGAAUAGAGAGCAUUCUUAUGUCUCUACCCACAUAUGCUAAAUGGGAGUACAAACAUUCCCCUAAAGAUGGCACUAGAGAGGCUGAACUGCUAGAAGCAAACCUAGCUAGGACCUGCUCAUGCACGUGCAACAUAUAAAUAAAUGAAGAACAAGCCAGU